AUGUCAACUCCGCCAUUGCCGGUCCCAAGCCCGGAUGAGAAAGGAGGAUGGUUGGAGACCGUGGCAAGUCUUCGUAAAAUUCAGCCACCUGCCACUCAUGGUAUUGACGUCAUCGAAAAUUAUACCGGCUCGGUCGCCGCCCGGGUUACCAAGGGCUGCGCAGGCUGUUGGGAAAAGGCUCCACGAAAUCGACACCACCAGUGGGAGCUUAAAGUCGGAAAUUGGAACAUAUCUUCACUCAGAGGAAAAGAGCAAGAACUAGUUGAUGAGACCAUGAAGUACCAACUCGACAUUGUUGGACUAUCGUCAACAAAACGCCCAGGCUCUGGACUCCUGAACCUCAAUGGACGGAAGCUGUUCUACUCAGACGUCGAUAUCACGACUCGCGCUCAGGCCGGUAUUGGCGUCCUGGUAGAACCCAACCUUGCAGAUAGAAAAAUCGAUUAG